GUGAUUGGAUGAGAAGUGGAGGUAGGUGGAAAAAUUGAAUGGUGGAGGGUUGUGAUUGGUUGGGAAGAGAAUGUUAGUGAAAAAGUUGUUAUAUUUUGGGACAAAUCCUGAAGGCUAAAAGCUGUUAUAUUUUGGGUCGGAGGGAGUAUUUAAUGCUAUCUCAUAGGCUCAUAGCCAUGUCUUUAAAAUCAUGGAUUUCCUGUACCACGGCAAUCCUGAUCGUUUAACCUUGAUUAUUGGUCUGCAAACAUGGUCACUCAAAUCAUCACAAAUGCUGUGUCUUAAUUCUAUCUACCCCAUGUCCUCAUCUUCGGUGUAAGAUUGGUUCAGUGCUUCCAACUAGUAUGCCUAAAAUGUAGCAUAUGUUGUUUACAACUUUACGUCAUGCUUAAAAUCAUUUGGGCACUGCAUAGUGUAGCAAUGGUUUUACCUGCUUCCUCUGGAAUUAUCAGCUUGUAGUCUUGCUCAUGGAUUUCUGAUUAAAAUCAAUACUGGACCAAGUAGCUAUUAAAUGUUGGGUUAUAACUAUAUACUUGCUGUCUUGGCUUUGUACAUCCGUGUUGGAUGUAGAAACCAGGUUUUAAUCCAUUAUCUAAAAAAAUAUUCUACCUGUCUGCCGUCUGGCCUCUUUAAUGCAUUGUAGGAAACCGUCCCAGUCGCUCACUUUACCGUUAAAACAAGUUGCAGUAUGAACAAUGGAAAUUAUUCUUAUUGAAGUUAACUUGCACAACAAAAAUAUCUUGAAGUAUUGGAGGAACAUUUCAUCUCUCGUGUUCCAAGUAAUGUAGUCCCCAUAAAGACAAACUAUCUGUCAAGCAUAUUUUUCAUUUUCAUUUACUGAAUGACCAGGGAAAGAAACCGCGCUAACAAGGAAGUUUUCUUCUUCUGUGCUUUACUCAUUGGUGUAUCAGGGAACCACUUCAAAAUGACACGAAUCAUGACCUGCAAGAUGGCAUGAAGUGAUUGACAUAAUAUUAACAAUGAUUGAUGUUCGUAUUAGUAGACAACAUAAGUAAUCAUGUUUUGGUGUUAUCCAUGCUCUGAGUAAGAUGUUUCCUGAUUCUAAAGAGCAGAGUUUUCUGCAUGCAAUUGGAAUAAUUACAACUGUAUCUAAAAUAAAUGACCUCACAUACACAUUAAAGGAAAAAGGUUAACUGGUUUCUGUAAAAAUGAUAUGCAAGUUUUUUCAGAGAUUGUAGAUGUAUUGAAUGUGUAGCUAUAAUAUAUAAUUUUUACAUGCUACCUAACAAACAAUAAAUGAAGAAAUUCCUUGCACAGAAUGUCAGAACAGUCUUAUUUUUUGUAUAGAGGGUUUAUUUCUCUCUUUUUGUUCUGCAACAUGUCCCCUUCUGCUGGGUCAUGAGUAUGCAUGAGCUUUUCUUUUGUACGGAUAUGCAUGUUCUGCAUUUUGUUCUUGCUACAAUGCUAGUAAUGUAUGUACCAGCAAAAAAGUGCUUCUAAUAAUAGGCCAGUGAAGUAUCAGAGUUUCAGAGGGCAAACAUACUUGGAUCCAGUUUGCACCACCAGGACCACAUGCCCAGCUGAGAGCUUGUUGCAGUACAUCAUCUGGAGUUUGCUCAUCUGCUAUGCACCAUUGUUUCUCCCAAUUGGGAUCCUCUGCUUGCAUUUAGAGGCGUCGCCUCUGAGCAUGGGUGACAAGAUGAUCACAAGAAAAUUAUCAUUCAAUCAAAAGGACAUGGAUGUCACAGAGAUUGAUUUGCAGGAUUACAAGGAUGUGGAUAGCAUUGCGUUCUACCAGGUUCCGACAAACGUGGGAUCUGGAAUGUCCAUGGAAAGCGAGAGAUUGGUAAGAGUUCAUGCAUGUACAGAUCACAAUGGUGUCAGUUUUUUGCACAAGUUGCUUCAUCGUCUUUUGGAGCACAAGGAGAUGUAUAGCAAUGUGGUGAACCUCCUAUUUCAUGGUAUUGAAUGGCAAACUGAGGGGGUGCAACUCCUGUGUUCAUUUUUAGGCCCUGGUUCAAGUGUGAAGCAGGUAGAAUUCCAAAAGAAUGUCUUUGGCACAAAAUCAUCAGCUGCUUUAGUCCCACUAUCAGAAAUGAUCCAAAGGAAUAACACCAUCAAGGCAAUUGUUUUUUCUGAGUGUAGAAUUGGAGCAUCUGGAGUCAAACUGCUAGCUUCAGCUUUGGCAUACAACAGGAGCGUGGAAGAGGUCCAGCUAUUGGAUGAUUCCAUAGGUGCUAAGGGAGCCGAAGAAUUCUCAAAGAUGAUUGAGGUAAAUUGUGUGUUGAAGCUGUUGGUCAUCCUUGACAAUAGCUCCAUUGCAGCAGCCCCGAUUUUCUCUGCUGUGCUUGCACGCAGCCGCAGGGUGGAGGUGCAUGUAUGGGGACACUGUCGUGAUACUAGAGGUGGCAUGAACAGUUGUAAAAUUGCUGAAUUUCAGGCUGGAACUGGAAGCUUGAGGAUUUACAACAAUAUUAAUUCCACAGGUCUACAAAGGAUUGCUUGUGCUAUGGCAUGGAACACCACAGUGACAACAUUGGACAUGUCAGGUGUACCAUUGAAGUCCAAGUGGACCAAAGAGCUCAGAGGAGUCCUUGAGCGGAAUAGGAUGCUGAAAACUGUCAAGCUCACCAAGUGUUGCCUCAGGGACAAAGCUGUUGUGUAUAUAGCUGCAGGCCUCUUCAAGAACAGCUAUUUGGAGAGCUUGAGUUUGGAUGGAAAUCGCUUUGGUGGAGUUGGUUUGGAGCAUUUACUGUGCCCACUGAGUACAUUUUCACCACUUCAGAGACAAGCCAAUCUCACUUUGAAGGUUUUGAGUUUUGGUGGACGGCAAACAAAUAUAGGAAGAUAUGGCAUAACAGCAAUCUUGCAGAUGUUGGAGACGAACCAGAGCCUACUUCAGUUGGCCAUAUGCGAUGAUGUAAGCUUGAGGCCAAAUGAUGUUGUCAGAAUCUUUACAAGCUUAGAAAGGAAUACUACUCUCCGAAACCUAUCAUUGAAAGGUUGCAGGGGAGUCGAGGGGGAACUAGUCUUGCAGACCAUUAUGGGCAUGUUGCAGGUCAAUCCUUGGAUUGAAGAAAUUGACCUGCAUGAAACGCCUCUGCAUGUUGCUGGUAAGACCAGAGAAAUUUAUGAGAAACUUGGUCAGAAUGGGAGUUCGGUUGUACCAAAUGAUUUGCUCGAUUUGCCACUAAGUGCACCUACUUGUUGCCAAGUUUUUCUCUGUGGUCAAGAAUUAUCAGGUAAAAGCACUUUGUGUAGCUCCAUAAAGCACUGCAUGAAUUCAAUGAAAUUGCCUCGCAUGGAUGAAAUAAGAACUUCAAAGACUCCAAUUGAGCAAAUGUCACACACCAAUGAGUAUGGGAUGAAUAUAAUUUUCGAUGGCAACACAAAAUUGACUAUGUGUAAUAUUGGUGGACCUGAGGAAAGUAUUCCCUUGCAUGAUUUCAUGUUUGUUGUGCAUGGUGGUCCAAGGAUUUUCAUGAUUGUAUCUAGUUUGAUUGGAAAGCCUGCUGAUAAAUAUCCAAAAAGCAUAGAUGUGAUUGAACAGGAGCUGAUAUACUGGUUGAAGUUUGUUGCUUCAAAUUCUAGGAGAAGAGUGUCGCACUCAUUUAUACCCUGUGUUACGAUAGUUCUCACACAUUAUGAUAAGGUAUCUCAUCUAGCAGAAGGGCUACAAUUGAUCGUUGCAGCUGUACAAAGACUCAGAGAAGACUUCUGUUCAUAUGCUGAAAUUUACCCCACCGUUUUUGUGGUAGACUCAAGAUCACAGGUUUCAGUAAGUAAGCUCACCCAUCACUUGCGAAAUACAACAAAGACAGUUCUCCAACAAGCUCCUCAAGUUUAUGAAGUAUGCAAUGAUUUGAUUAGGUAUUUGCAUAAUUGGAGAUUGAAGAAUGAUAAAUCAGUGGUCAAAUGGUCUGAGUUCUGCGAGAUAUGUCAGCUCAGCAUUCCAGUGCUAAGGUUGAGAUCAAGGCAUGAUAAUGCCGAGAAAUUAGACACAAGAAGACAUGCUGUUGCAAAGUCACUGCAUGAUUUAGGUGAAAUAAUAUUUUUUGAGGAGCUUGGAGUGCUGAUAAUGAACUGCGAAUGGUUCUGUCAAGAUAUACUCAGCCAACUAGGUGCAUUGAAAUCCAUCAAGAUAGAAAAUAGUGGUUUUGUCCGCAAACAAGAUCUGGAGAAGAUUCUGCAAGAGAAGCUGUGUAAUCAAAUUCAAAGAUCAAACUGGAGAGCUGGUGCAUCCUUGCAAUCUGGUGAUAUCAUUAAUAUGUUGUUGAAACUUGAACUGUGCUAUGAACAAGACCCUGGGAACCCAAACACAUUACUUCUAGUACCAGCUAUGCUUGAGGAAAGCAAAGAAGGGAUUCAACGGUGGCAGUUAACCAUGCCAGAGUGCAGAUAUGCUGGAAGGCAUAUGGAAUGUGAAGAUACACACAUGUUUCUGACAAAUGACUUCUUUCCAAGGCUACAGGUACGUCUGCACAAUAAAAUCAUGUGCCCUGGAAAUCAGCAAGGAGCAGUCUACAACUUGGAGAAAAACCUUAUUUAUACGGUGAUCGAUGGUGUCCAUGUAAGGGUUGAGCUGGGUAUGAAGUUGGGCUCAUCCAUAGAUGUACUUGCAUGCUCCACUAGAAAUGUUACAGACAUGGUGAGGCUUCUGCACAAGUCAGUAAUCACAACAAUACUAAAUAUGUCUCCCAGUAUGACAUUCAAGGAAAGCAUUAUCAGACCUGACUGUGUGAAAUAUCUCAUACCACAAAGGUUCCGUACAACUCAGCUGCUACCUGUCAAAAAAAUUAAGCACAUUCUGCUGUCAUUGCCGGCAGAAAGUUUUUACGAUUAUCAACAUACCUGGAGUGCAGUUGAAAACAAUAAAAGGGUCAUCUUAAUGUCAGGAUUAGAUCAUGCUAGAGAUCUUCUAUCAGACGAUGACUUCCAUGAUGUUUUGCAUCGUAGGUACUAUGAUCUACAGCAUCUUGCAACUGAACUUGCAGUGACCCCAGACAAUCUGCAACAAUCCGAAACUAUUGCUGAAUCGGAUGCAGUUGAUCCCUCCAUACUAGGCAUUGCCAAAGGUGUUGAGAUGGUUCUCCAAAGACUGAAGAGAAUAGAACAAGGAAUCCAGGACUUGAAGGAGGAAAUUGCAAGGCUGAGGUACUACGAGUAUCACCUUGUGACUGAACUCCACAGGAAAAUGGACUAUGUAAUGAACUACAGCAUUCAGCUGGAGGAUAGAAAGGUUCCUCAGCUGUUCUAUCUUGUAAGCUUGGACAGCCGUUCCAAGAAGCUUGUCACAAGAAUACUGCCUGGCAUGCGGUCCCUACGGGUACACAUGCUGUGCGAGUUCCGACAAGAAAUGCAUGUGUUGGAGGAUCAAGUCGGGUGCGAUCUGAUUCAGGUAGAUAACCGGGCAGUGCAAUCCUUGCUGCCUUACAUGAGCAAGUUCAUGAAACUGUUGACUUUUGCUCUGAAGAUCGGGGCGCAUUUCAUUGUCGGGAUGGGGGAGAUGAUACCUGACCUGAGCAGGGAGGUAGUGCACUUGCUGGACUCGUCAGUCAUGUAUGGUGCAACCACAUCAGCCUUAUCAUUGGGGGCAUUAGGCGCAGCGGCAAUGUAUGGAAAAGCGAGGAAUAACGGCAGCCAGAGUGGCACAAAUGACAUGGAGGAUGAUAUGAAAACGGCCAGACAGUGGCUUGUUGAUUUCUUGAAAGGUCAAGGGAUUUUGACAGGGAUGGACAUAGCACAGAGAUUUGGUCUGUGGCGCGUUAGGUACAGAGAUGACGGCCACAUUGCAUGGAUCUGCAGGAAGCACAUUGUUGCGAGAGCAGACGAGAUCUUUGAACUGCCACUCUGAACCAUCCAGGGUGCAGUUGGUUUCACGGCCACAAGGUGCCUAUCUGAUGUCCCUGUCCUUCUGUACUGAUGAUGACAACUGACGAGCUUGCAAUUGUAAGGGAUGGUGCCAUUGCUGAUUACAAGGAUCGCAUAUGGUAGGUACCUAUCAUAUGCUCUGUUCCAGUUUCUAUCACUCUGCUUCUGUCAAUGGUGUGUUUUUACAUUUUUCCUCUUUACUUCGUUGUUGUGGAUUCACGCUAGUAGAAAUAUUAAGUUUCUGACGGCAUAUUGUUUCCUGUUCAAUUGCUGA